UGAGCUGAUGAACCAGGGCAUCUUGGCGUUGGUCACCUCUACAGGAUGUGCCUCAGCCAGCGCUCUGCAGUCUCUGACGGACGCAAUGCACAUCCCUCACCUGUACGUCCAGAGGAGCAGCGAGGGCUCUCCGCGCACCGCCUGCCCCUUCAACCCCAGCCCGGGGGGGCACAGGUACACGCUGUCCGCCCGGCCGCCCGUCCGCCUCAACGACGUGAUGCUCACGCUGGUGGAGGAGCUGCGCUGGCAGAAGUUCAUCAUCUUCUAUGACAUCGAAUACGAUAUCCGCGGGCUGCAGGGCUUCCUGGACCAGACGUCUCGGCGCGGCAUGGACGUGGCUCUGCAGCGCGUGGACAGGAACAUCAGCCAGGUGUUCAGCAGCCUGUUCAGCUCCAUGAGGACGGAGGAGCUGAACAGAUACCGAGACACUCUGAGGAGAGCUAUCCUGCUGCUGAGCCCCCACGGAGCACACACCUUCAUCCAGCAGGUCGGUCCUCACGCUGUGUGGUGUGCAUGUAUGUAUGUGUGGGUGUGUGUUUUUGUGUGUGUGUGGUUUCACUAACGUAUUGAUGAAGUACUACAUGGCAUGUAUGCACACAUAAGGAUCAAGAGAUGUGUGUGUGUGUGUGUGUGUGUGAUGGCAAAAGACAAAACGUGUGUUAAGGGAACAGAUGGAUAUAUAUGGGUUGAAGAAUUGACCGGUUGGUUGUUGUACGAUUACGUAUGAGCACGUUAGGGGACACGUGAGCCUAUAAAGAAAGUAAAAAUGUACGCCGUAAGUUACUUCUCCUAACUGUACAAAGGAAACAAGGAGGUGUAUCAAGGGAGCACUUGCAUAUAUGGAAGAAACGUGACUUAGUUCAAAGGGAACAAGUGAUCCUUGUGAAGGAAAUGUGUGAGUGUCCAUAUGGAAAUAAUGACUGUACAUAGAAUGGGAACAUGUAUUGAUUGAUUGAGUUAUUGAUUGACUGAAGAUUAAACUUGUUUGAUUUGUCGAAAGCCAACACAAAAAUGGCAAACACAGUUUGCACCAAAUGUAAUUGACAGUUUAUAAAAUGAACUUGAUUUAAUUUGUUAGACCAGACUGAGAACAAGAGAACAAGUGAGUCUGUUAAAACAA